UCUUCCAGGGCUGUCUCGAGCCUUAUCUGAUUAGGCCUGAGUUGACAGGCUAGCCCUGAGUUGACAGGCUAGCUGAUGAGAUGCUGAUAGGGCUUCCUGGUUACUCAGUAACCCUGCCCUCGUUAAAAGUCCCACUGUUCCCUCUGGCAUCCAGAACCAACCGUUCCUCCCUCUUGGGCUCUGCUGCCAUGAAUACCUUCCUGCUCUCUGCACUGUGCCUCCUUGGGACCUGGGCUGUCCUGGCAGGGGGAGUCACCGUGCAGGAUGGAAAGUUCUCUUUUCCCCUGGAGUCGGUGAAGAAGCUCAAGGACCUCCGGGAGCUCCAGGAGCCCAGCACCUGGAAGAGCAGGAAGAGUGGUGGGCCCGUGGUUCCCCAAGUCUGCAGCCACCUGAAGUUUCCGGAAGAACUCAAGCCUCUCUGCAAGGAGACCAAUGCCCAGGAGAUCCUCCAUAGGCUGGAGGCCAUCGCCGAGGACCCGGGAUCGUGCGAGAUCUGUGCCUUCGCGGCCUGUGCCGGAUGCUAGGACACAGGCCUCCUGGCCCUCCCCCGCGGGAUGCUCGGCCGGGCCUCCAGGGGAGGAGUGAGGAGGGGGUGGCCUGGGGCGGCCUAGCCCCUGACCCAUCCGAGUUGCCGGCGCUUCCCAAGAUCCACUGCAGCCCUCAGCUAAUAAACCAGUUGCC